AUGAAUAACGAAACUGAACACAUUUUCUUAUCGAAUUCAUCUAAUACGCAACCAUUGGCUAUAGUACCAAAAAUUAACGAUGUUUCGGCUUCAACACCAGGAUUGGAAGAUUUCUCUACAGUAUGCCGAACUUGUGCCACAGUUACAGAAUUUGUGAUUCCAAUAUUCAAUGGUGAAGGUUUACAAAAUAAUUUGGCUGACAAAAUUCAUAAGCAUUUACCAAUACAGUGCGCGAGUACUCUGCUCGCGUGGCACGAGCUGGUGCAGUGUUGCGUGCAGGCGGACGCGGCCUUGCGCGCGCGCCUCGCCGUCGCCGCCGCCAAUACCGCCACCGCCGCCGCCGCCGCCGCCAAUACCACCACCGCCGCAGAUACCACAGUGAGGAUUCAUUAUUGA